CAGGCCAUCCCGCUGCGUCCGGAAACUGCCAUUCGGUCCGUUUCGCAUUCCGAUUCUAAUUGUAAUUCUCAGUUACUUGUUACGUAUACACUGCGUACACUUACUUCCAACGACCCACCCACCUCGCGCCAAGGGAUCAGCACAGAUGUAUGUACCGUUCAGUAAAUUAACAGUAAUCUCCUAAGCGCUGUGGCGCCUGCUCGGGCGAGGGAAAUGCGGACAAUGUCGGCCGUUAACCACGAAGACGAUGUGCGUCCAUGUGUUGUUUCGGCGAGGAGUAUGCAAAGUAUGUCGGCCAUCAAUCACGAAGACGAUGUGCGUCCAUGUAUUGUUGGGGCAGGUUCUAGAGAUCGCCGUCGCCUUCUGGCGCUUGCUUUUGCGAAGGAACGACGGACGAUGGCGGCUUUCUACCACGGAGGUAUCCGCCUUUCGUAUGGUGUUCCGGAGACUACGACAAGUCUCCUUCAACUUCUGGCGCGUGCUUCUGCAAGGGAAUGGGGGAAGAGAUUUUUUAACAUGGAGGGACGAAAAUUGACAUGGUUUUGCCCAGAUCCAAAGAUCUUUGGAUCUGGACUGCCUGACCACUCUGAUGCCUUAGGCCGUCGAAGGUCCUCAUCGUACUGCUCAUAUACGGACCAAGUAAGACUUUUGGCUAGAUCAAGUAAGCGGUGGCGGCGGCCAAGGGCCUUUGAGACUUGACGAGACUGGAAUAAGCCAACCUCAGUUUCAGAUUCGGCUUGCAUGGCUUCAUUCGGGCUAUCGAAUCCUAUCAAUUAGCCUCUAUUGUCUUCACGGGCAUGCAUCAGUGACUCUUUGCACCGUUUCCAUCCCAGGGGUCCCAAAUCCUGGACACUGGAAUUGUUUUUGGCAGUACUACAGACAACAACGUGGGGACAAAGCUUUCGAAAGAGAAAUCGAAGAUGAAUGGAUGAAUCCAUGGAUUCACGAAUGCACAUAUGGAAAACUAAUCCAUAUGUGCAUCUCAUACGCCUUGCUAAUCAAAUUCUCGCUGGAUUCCGUGCUGUCCCAGAGGGCCAGAGGGCAAUAAUGGACAUUUUUGUGUGGCAGAAGUGAACUCUUUGCGGAGUUGGCUGCACAACUUUGAGAUAUACUUGAAGUAGGCACAGUCUAGCAAUUGUACAUGCGGCUUAGACUGUAAUAGACCCUGUACUUUGAUCGUCCUAUGGUUCAUUGCUGGAAAUUACACCGUGUGAACUGAGAAGGUGGUGCUGGAGAUAUUGCACCGCCUAAUAGGUUUCAUAGCGGCAGGUCGUUGCAGCUCACUCCGAAAAG